UGCUGCAAACGUGGGGUGCUAUAGAAAAAAGACACUAAAAACUCGAUAUCUCGUCAGAAACAAGCCAGGGGGACGAACUUUUUUUACCAUAGACAUAGCUCACUAUAGGCUACAAGAUGCGCAAAAACUCCGACUGAAAAGCGCUCUGGCACCUGGGAAAGUUCCCUUGUAAGUAACGGAGCUAAUAUGAGAAGACUUGUUUUUGAAAUGUGUCGCUACUUAAGUUCUAUUAUGUGUAAGUGAGUAUGCGUGUUGUUGUUUGUUUAUUCAAUAGGAUUUAUACGUAUGAGAGCAAUGUCGUCCUUUAUUUAUCAUUAGUGAUAAUAGACUAUGAAGGUUUUGUUUUUUUUAAGAAAAACUCUUCUUGCUGCUGAAAAAGCUCAUAUAGCUCAUGAUGAAGAAAUAGAAAAAUAUGACGAUGAUUUACGUGAAGUUGAACGAUUAAGAAAAGAUUAUGAAGAUAAAUUACAAGAUGAAUCACAACAUACUGGUCGUAAUUUAGCAUUAGAAGAAAAUCAAAUGAAAGAAUAUCGACGUUUAAAAGAAGAAGCAGCUAAAAAAAUGACACAAUUUUCUGAAGAAUAUGAUUCAAUUGAUCGUCAACAACAAGUUGAUAAAACAAAUCUUGAACAAGAACAACGUAGUCAAAAAGAUCAUAUUGCACGAAUUAAACAAACAGAAUUACGUAUUGAAGAAUUAAAUGGAAAAAUUGAUAAAUUGGGUGGUUAUAUUGCUGAUCUUGAACGAGAAUUUAAUGAAAAACAAGCAAAUGUACAAUUACUUGAAAAAGAAGUUACGGAAGGUCGAAAACGUUGUACUGAACUUGAAGAAGAACUUGAUCAAGUUAAUAAAGAAAUUGGUGAAGCUCGCUCUGAUCGAAAUGAAACCAGUCGGGCACAACGACGUGCUGAACUUAUUGAAAAUCUUAAACAAUUUCCAGGUGUGGUACGUACUAAAUAUAGUUUUUUUCGAAUUUAUUUUAUCUAA